CCACGCUAAGGAACUCUUGACCAGAAUGCUGGACAACAAUAUUCUACACCUUCACAUUUUUGUGGACGACAUGUAGCUGAUGCUUGGAAAGAGACUUCUUAGACACCUCGCAGGACACUACAAUCCUCCUGUGUAGCCACGCUAAGGAACUCUUGACCAUAAUAUUGUCUUGUCGAUUUUUUUAACACUAAACUAGUUCUUUUAAGCACAUAAAAUCAACACUAAUUAUUCUGUUGUUUUUUUUGGGAGGCUGUCUCCUCCUUCUUUAAGAAAAAAGUAUAUUCAGAAUGGUCGAUUUCCGCCUGUCUCGAUUUUGUUUCGAGUAAUAAUGAUGGUUUCGAGUAAUAAUGAUGUAAAUGCUGAUGACAUUGAACCAAUUCUUGAUCAUAUAAAGAAGAAACUCCAAUCAAUCAGCGAUGAUCGAAACAAUUUAGUUUGCGCACGUCAAAAAGCUCUUUCCAUUUACUCCUCUUUUGACAAGGCAAUCAAAAGGCCCGAGAUUCAGAAUGUGCUUCAAACGAUGAUAAAGAAGAGUGAGGUUGAGUCAAGAAAACGAUUAUAUAGAGAAACGAUGAAGAUUAAAAACAUAAAUGAUAAGAUGGCAGUUUCCCCAGAUACGAAACUGACAGAAGAACUAAAGAGAAAUCAAACAGAGGUCAAAACGGAUAAGGAGUACAAAGGAACUUCGGAUGAUGAUUUUCUGGAUAAACAUUUUGCCGCACGAUCACGUGAUUUAAAAUUUUACGAUUUUCCUGCUUACUGGAAAGACGAAACAAUAUACGAAAUGUUGAAGAAAGUUGGAUAUAUAGAAAGAUUGGAAGUCAAAUGGAAUUACAAGUAUAGGACGGUUCGAGCAAGGAUCCGAUUAACAAAAGAAAUGGAAGAUAAAUUCCUUAAAGGAGGAUCCAAUAUAGCAAUAACAAGAAACGACCGGACUUUCUUUUUUAGGAUGUUUGACGCCAAAUUAGAUGCUUCAGCGAUAAAAAAAAGAUGUGAAUGGCAAGCGUAUAGGAAAUUAGAUAAGGAAGAAUUAGAUAAGAAAGAUGAAGAGAUAAUUAAAGAUUAUAACGCAGCCCUCGGUAGACAUUUUGCAAAAGUAAUUAAAAUAAACAAGAUCAAAUAUAUUUUAAUGUACUUUAACAACGAAAAUGAUCUACUUAAAGCGAUUUAUAAAUCAACGAUGGAGGAAGAUUUAGGGAAAGGUUUGAAAAUAAAAUUACAAGACGAAUUGAUCGGAGAUAAUGGGAUGUACAAGCCACAAAGAGGAAUAAACAGAUUCAAAGUGCCAACACAAACAAUUUCGAAAGAUAAAUUUGUUGACGCAAGAACUGAACUUCUUUCAACAAUACCAAGGACAGAAGAAGAACAUAGAGAGCUUGAUGAUCUCAAUAACAAUUUUAGCGGAAGAUUGGAGGAUUUAGAUAAGAAUAAACGCUUGCCAGAGGAGAAAAGAACAAAAACUGAAGAUAAAGAAGAGUAUAACAAAAAUAAGAAACGCGUAGUGACAACGCAAGGACAUAGGGAAGAAUCCGACAGCGAAUAAACAAAUUUGUCCAGAAAAGAAUUUACAAACCCGAGAAGUUCUAAUUGGAGAUCAGCAUUUGGAUUUGCCAAAGACUUGCGGACGAAUAGAGAAUUUCGAACGAUUUCCUAGGAUUUUCAGAAUUAGUGUAGUUUUUCAAUUUAGAACUUUUUUGAUGUACAAAAUUUUUUUCGAAAAUUUUUAUUUUUACAAUGCUCAUUUUAUUUUUAGUUUAGCUUAAUUAAUUUGUAAAAGAAAAUUUUGAAAAUGACAAAAACAUAGUAAAAUUAGAAUAGUAACGUAGUAUUAGAAACAGACAAUUUUAAUUUUUAAUCAAACACAAUUUUUAGUUAGAUUUUAAAUUAUAGAU